AUGGCGUUGUCGGGAGUGAUGGCGCACCUGCUAGCCGAUGGCCAAGGAAUAUCCCCGAGAAUCUUCACAGUUGCAGAGAUGCAGGGUUGCAGAGCUGCAGAAAGAUCCUCUGCCAAGCCAUCGAUCAUCAUGCAAGGAUUUCGCUACCGCCCAGAACUUGUGGAAGGUCUUCCCGAAGAGCUCACCAAAGAGCUCAAGAAAUAUGAGAAUUGGUUUUGCCUCGAUCCGCCCAGGUUGAAGAUGAUCUCGGAUCACUUUGCUCAGGAGCUGGAGAAAGGUCUUACCGUCGAGGGUGGGUCUAUUCCUAUGAACGUGACAUGGAUCAUGAAUUAUCCGACGGGCCAGGAGAAAGGACGCAUUCUCACCGUUGACCUGGGAGGAACCAAUAUCCGUGUGUGUGAUGUCUGUCUCUCCGCGGGAAAGAGAGACUUCGAGCAACGUCAACGAAAAUAUAAGCUUCCAGAGGAAGUCAAGACAGCCACGAAAGAUGCUCUGUGGGGGUUUAUUGCGGACCGCAUUGAAUCGUUUCUUCAUGAAAGUCAGGCUGCUACCAGCGCUUCUGCUUCGAACCCACUACCUAUGGCGUUCACAUUCUCAUUCCCAGUGGACCAAAAGUCUAUCCGCAGCGGCAUUCUGCAGCACUGGACCAAGAACUUCAACGUUUCCGGAGUGGUAGGGCACGAUGUGAACGUCCCAGUGAAACUGGUCGCCCUCGUCAACGACACAGCGGGGACCCUUGUCGCAUCACGUUACCGGGAUCCGCAGGUGAAGAUUGGUAGCAUUUUCAGUACUGGCUGUAAUGCAGCGUACAUGGAAGAAUGUCGAUUGAUCCCGAAGCUGCAUGAUUCAGGACUGCCCGAAGAUGCAACUGUAAUCAUCAACACCGAGUACGGUUCCUUUGAUAACGAGCGUAAAGUACUGCCCUUGACUCCAUUUGACCGCCAGAUCGACGACGAGUCCGCCCAUCCCGGUAGGCAGAUCUAUGAGAAGAUGGUGGCUGGGUUGUACAUAGGAGAGAUGCUGCGCCUGGUAUUGCUGGAAAUGCACAAGGGAGGUUUACUCUUCAAGGGGCAAGAUGUCUCACGUCUUCGGACUGCGAACUCAUUGGAGACGUCCUUUCUGUCUAAUGUCGAGAUGGACAUGUCAGAAAGUCUGACCGACAUGAAAGAGGAGUUCAAAGUGAGCCUCAAUCUGGAACUUUCGCUGGCGGAGCUGAAGGCGUGUCGUCUUCUUAUCGGCCUUAUCGCGAUGCGUGCAGCGCGUCUCUACGCGUGUGGAAUUGCGGCCAUCUGCAAAAAGAAAGGGAUCCGUCAAUGCCACGUUGGAGUUGACGGAUCAGUGUUCAGUAGAUAUAGUUUGUUGAAGGGACGGGCAACUCAGGGUCUUCGUGAUAUAUUUGAUUGGGGCGAAAACAGGUUGGACAAGAUUGCUCUGAACUCGGCAGAGGAUGGGUCUGGAGUAGGAGCAGCUUUGGUUGCGAGUUUGACUCUUGACCCGAGUGAACUAGAAGAUUGUAACACGGAGGAUAUCUAA